CUUGUUUUAAGCAGAGAUAUUCUUGUGAUAAUUCUCAGUAGACGACUGGCUGACGGCAACCGAGAAGAAAGCGGCAACGUCAUCGUGCAUCGGAGCAUGUCCGACCGGGCCAACUACCGGGACAACUUGAACCACAAACUACGACAUGGGUAAUUAGAGUAGUAUGCUCGGCCUCACUUGACCGAUGGCGUUGAGCGCGGUGGGGGCAGGAGGGGCAAAGUUAUUGUCUCUUCUCGUUGAUCGCGCAAGAAGGCGCGACGUGGGGUUGCCAGGCGAUUGCUGUAUUUUUUAUUUAAUACUGUCCCCCCACCGCACAUUUUGAUCUUCUCAACCACUGUUCUGUUCAUUAAGACAAACUCCUGGCUGUGCAAGAGAAUCAUUACUGAGCAAAUACUCCAAUAUGUCUCUCGGAAAAACCGCAAAGCUCAACACCGGCGCCGAAAUCCCGCUUCGAGGAUACGGCACCUGGCAGGCUGCCCCUGGUGAGGUCGGCGAGGGUGUCUACCUGGCAUUGAAGGCUGGCUACCGUCAUCUGGAUCUUGCCAAAAUCUACCAAAACCAGAAAGAGGUCGGUGAAGGUAUUCGUCGCGCCUUCAACGAGUUUGGCAUCAAGCGUGAGGAUGUCUUCAUUACUUCCAAGCUCUGGAACAGUCAAUUCCACCCCGACGACGUCGCGGCUGCUUUAGAUGACACCCUCCAAGAGCUCGGCCUCGAGUACCUUGAUCUCUACCUUAUCCACUGGCCGUCCGCUUUCAAGUCGAACAGAGAUAUCCAUAACUUGUUCCCUCUGCAGGCCGGAAACCCCAAUUUAGUGGAAAUUGACGAUAGCAUCUCUAUCGUUGAUACCUACAAGGCCCUGAUCAAGCUACCCAAGACCAAGACCCGCGCUGUUGGUGUGUCCAACUACUCCAUCGAACAUCUCGAGGCAAUCAUCAAUGCCACCGGUGUCGUCCCUGCUGUCAAUCAGAUCGAGCGCCACCCUUAUCUUCCCAACCCUCCUUUGAUUGCGUACGCUAAGGAGAAAGGAAUCCACAUCACCGCCUAUUCGGGCUUCGGCAACAACUCAGUCGGCGUUCCUCUGGUCAUCACUCGCCCCGAAGUUAAGGAAGCCGCGGAGAGCGCUUCCAAGCGCACCGGUACCACCGUCACUCCCGCACAAGCCGCUCUUGCCUGGGCCCAGGUCGGCGGUAUCAGCGUUAUCCCCAAGUCGGUCACCGCAUCGCGCAUCGUCGAGAACUUCACGGAUGUUGAGCUGUCGCCCGAAGAGAUUGCCAAGAUCGAUGCUCUCGCAAGCGAGAACAAGCGCUUCAAUGUCCCCGCCGUCGUCAACACACCCAAGUGGCCCGUCAACAUCUUCAACACACCGGAGGAGAAGGCGGAUCCUUCCUACCACCAGAUUAACACCCGUGCCUAAGAGGGAAAAUUUGGGAUGUGACUGGUGUGUACGACAAAAAAGUGAAUGCGAGGUAUCUAAGAUAGACAAAUGUACAUAGCCAUGUCAGCUAGUAAAUAUUAUUUAUGGAUACCAGGGAGUAUCAGAUACCAUUUCAUUUAAUACA